UCUGAGGCUUUAUUCUUAGCCAUGGAAUUGGCCAAAGUGUCAGACAUGACAAAGCUCCACCAAGCUGUGGCUGCGGGGGACUAUAAUUCAGUGAAAAAGAUUUUAAAGAAAGGUCUCUGUGACCCGAACUACAAGGAUGAAGACUGGAAUGACCGGACCCCACUUCACUGGGCUGCGAUCAAAGGGCAACUGGAGGUGAUACAUCUCCUGAUAGAACAUGGAGCCAGGCCCUGUCUAGUCACUGACGUAGGCUGGACUCCAGCUCAUUUUGCAGCCGAGUCUGGUCAUUUGGAAGUGCUCAAAACUCUACAUGCCUUGCACACCGCCAUCGAUGCCGCAGACUUCUUUGGUGACACACCCAAGAGGAUUGCACAGAUCUAUGGACAGAAAUCUUGUGUGGCAUUCCUGGAGAAGGCGGAGGCUGAGUGCAGAGACCACCGUUGCAUGGCUCAACAGCAGGGACUGCCGCUAGAUCAGCGGGAUGAAAACUGGGACGCCAAGAAAAGGGAGCUGGAGCUAUCGCUUCCUUCCUCAAGUCAAAGCACUAAUAAGAAAACGAGUAACAAGAGUCAAGGUCCUGGCAGGUUCAGUAAUCAUAAAGUGAGGAGACUGUGA